AUGACGCAACAUUCCACUUGGUUUGACUGGCUAAGCGUGAAACGAGAGAUGGAUGUCAUGCCCACGAUAUUAUCCUGUAUUUCUGCCAGCGCUAUGGCUAUUAUUGCUACUUUAGUCUACAGACUUAUUUUGCAUCCUCUCUCCCAUCUGCCUGGCCCUCUGCCAGCCAGAUUAACAGGUCUCUGGCGCACCACAAAAUACAUUCAAGGCGACUGGCACGAUGACAUACUCUCCAUCCAUGACAAAUAUGGAAGAGUGGUACGAAUUGCACCAAACGAAGUUUCUGUAGUGGACGAGUACGCCAUGAAAAACUUGUACGGCCACGGUCACAAUGCCGCCAAAACAGAUUGGUACUCCAUUUGGGACUCUCCCAUUACAGCACCUCAAUCAUUCUCGGAAUUGGACCAGAAGCAGCAUAGCUUUCUUAGAAAGCACCUGGCGAGUGCUUGCUCAAUGUCUUCAGUCCUCAACUACGAGGUCCAUAUUCAGGCCUGCCUCGAUUUACUGAUCCGAAAGCUCGAGAAAUACACCCAAGCUGGUGAAACUGUUGACAUGGCUGUACGGACUAAUGCGUUUGCAUUUGAUGUAGUUGGUGAACUCGACUAUGGUUCCCAAUUUGGCCAUCUUCAGGAAGAAAAGGACGUAGGUCAACUUCGAAAAACCAUGUUCGAUAUUUCCAAGCUCUUGUCAUCCGUCGGCCACCUCCCGCGGUGGUUAUAG